AUGGACGACCCUAGCAUGGACGAAUUUGCCCAGACCCGCGGCGCGGACGACCUCUUCGACGACGAAAUCAUCCCUGUCACCGCCGAGGAGCAGGUCCAGACGCAGGUCGUCGAUCCUGAGCCCGAGCCCGAACCCGAAUCUGAGCCUGUUCAAUCAGUGCGGGAAAGCCCGGCGCCGGAGAAACAGGCCUCACCACGGGGGGAGCCUUCACAGCGUGCGCGAGGCGACAAAGGCCGGGGCCGGGGCCGCGGGAAGGGUAAAGCUGGUGGGCGCGGUGGUGCUGGUGGAACUGGAGGUGGAUUGUCGGAGUCAAGAUGGGCAGAUCCUCAGAAAUCGGAGGGCGCUCCGCAGAGCAAAGGCUCUACCCCCGCGACAGGGUCCGAGAUAGCAGCCGAGGAACAAGUCGCGAUGCCAGAGAAGCGCGAGGAAGGGAAGCCAGCUGCAUCAGAGGAGGAGGACAAGAGUGAGGUUUCAGGUGCGAAUGGCGCUGAGGCAGCUCGCGUACCGGCCGUCCGAGGCGAUCGAAGUGCCACAGGCGGGGUCCGGAAGCCUAAACUUACCGAGGAGGAACUAUCCAAGCGCAUUGCUUCCGCCAAGGAAAAUGCGGCCAAGAAGGCUGCUGCACAUGCCCGCGCUGAAGCGGACCAGGCGUCUUUCCUUGAGCGUGAGCAGGCUGCCGCGCAGAAGAGACGAGAGGAAUUAGCGAAUCGCAAGGUCAUGGACAACGAGCGAGAGAAAAACCGGCAACGCAAGUUGAAGGCUCAAACCGGUCGCGAGUGGGACUCAGAGAAACGGGAAGAGGAUUACAAUCCGCGCGGUGGUGGAAGCCAGUUCCGGCGAGGUAUGCACGGUGGCGUCUCAGGAUUUGCUCGACGAGACUUUGAUGAGGGAAAUCCGGAGGAGUCUGCAACACAUUUGAGCCCCGGGCGAGGACGAGGACGGGGCGGUCGUGGUGGUCGUGGUCGAGGGCCUUCACGAGGGCCCCGUGGUGACCGCUCCCCUUCAAAGGGGCCCUCUGAAAAGGCCGAUAGAAAGCCUGCAGUCAACAAUGAUGCCGAGUUCCCUUCACUGCCCCCCGGGAAGCCAUUGGAGGAAUCCGAAAAACCCACUGCGCCUAAAGUGGUACCACCCACGAUGGAGAGCUUGGAAUCCACAUUUUCCCCAGUAUCGGGCACUUGGGCAGACCAAGUGGGCGAUGAGUAA